AAAGAAAAAUUUUGGUAAGGCUUUGAUAAUGAGAAAGUUGUUUCCAAAAUUUAUUCUGGUCUGGGGCCAACGAAACAAGUAGCACCCAAACAAUAUCCAUUUGCUAACCCAAAUGUACGAGAUACUACUUUUUCUUUCAUUAACCCAUUCUAAAUUAAAGACCAACAGAAUCGUUUCCUGCUAUAGAAGUCUACCGAAACCCACAUGUUAGAUCACCAACCUAGCAGCCACAUCAACAGCCACUCAAUAAUUGAAAACGCCAGUUACAGAUGUCUUUAUAAACCUCGCCCUGCACAAGUGCAAUCAAUCAAAGCAGCAUCGACCACAGAGCAUCCAUCACCUUCACAAGCAAAGAUGGAGAAGUUCUGCAUGUUACUAAUGGUUGUUGUCAUUACAGCAUCCGUCAGUAAUGCCCAAGAUACAUCCUGUCUGAACCAGCUCGCCUCAUGUCUCCAGUUCCUCAAUUCUACAGGCACCCCUUCCAGCAGCUGCUGUGACCCGCUGAAAACAGUUAUCAAAUCUAACCCAGUAUGCCUCUGCAAUCUUCUGAAUAGCCCAACAGCUAGUCAGGCCGGCAUUAGCCUAACACAGGCAGAACAGUUACCACAGAGGUGCGGGGAGAACGUCAAUGCCUCUGCCUGUGCUGCCAUUUCCAAGACAUCAACAAACCAAUCAAGUUCUGCACAUACGACCUGCACAAACAAGUUGAUGAUCAUUUUUGCUUUUUCAGCAGCAAUUAUUCAUGUCUUAGGUCCAGUAUGAGGCGACGCUCCCAGCAAGAUCAGGUGGAUUGGACCAGACUGCAGCAGCUAUUCUUACUAUUUACUCUACCAUUUGCAUUAAAGAUUGGUUUUCAACUGAGGUGUUUCCGUUGUUUGCAAUGUCAUUCUGUAAAAUAAAGUUUUGCU